UGAGAGAGAGACUUGUCCUCACUCGCAGAUCAGUCCACCAGAGAAGAAUGAGCUCCUCUAUCACCUACAUUAAAAAGCUGAUCCGGAAAGGGAGCCGAACAAGUUCUUUUUCCCGACCAAAACCGGCCCACAAGAAGAACUAUGUGAUCCCAGAGGAGCACACACACAAGGAAGCACCGACUAACACACAACAUAUGAGCCAUGAUUCCAAAAGGGAAAGUGUGCUCAUGUCAAAGCAGGACAGUGAAGCAUUCGGAUUUGAAAUCAGGACAUAUAAUGAGCAGAUGAAGGUAAACAGCAGUGAGGAGGACGUGUUAACGUGUGUGUGUUCAGUGAGAGAGAACAGUCUGGCAGAGAGUGCUGGGUUAAGGACAGGGGACGUCAUUAUCAGUGUGAACAGUGUGUGUGUUGAAGGUUUCGAGCAUCAGCAGAUUGUUGACCUGAUUCAGAGCUCCUGCUUACUAAAGAUGGAGAUUUUGAGGGGAACUACAGUGAAACAAAAAGAACUUCAAAAGAAAUUAAAUCACAUACAGUGGCAGCUGAACCAAAAGUGGGAGGAGCUGCAGAUGCUUAUCGCGCAAGAAGAACGUCUGCUAAGAGGUGACCAAACCAGCACACAUUCAGAGCCCUGCCCUGCUUCUGAGCAUCCCAGCCUUCCUAUCACAGUGCCUUAGACCCAAUCAGGGCACUUUAAAGGACACUUUACUUCAGCUGUGAUGUCAGGAUUUUUUCUUUUCAGACCAGGACUGUCCCCCUAUCCCCAGGAAUGGGACUUUCUCCAGGGGAACUUCUCAACUGACCAAAGAACUCCCAAGGCUGGAUUACCCCUGCAGCACUAUGACUACCCGUAUCACUUCAGUUUUUUUUAACACCCAUAACUCAAGCUACUGGAUUGUUUGUCAAACAAGAAGCACCAUAGGAAGGUUAAAAAAUAAAGAACUUGAAUGUAUUGUAGGUUAUGUUUAAAUUAUUAUAUGUAAAUUAUAGAAACAUGUUAAUGCUUUGUGGCACUUGAGCAUGUGGAUUUGUACAAGUCCCAUUAAGCAUUGCUUUAUUCUCAUUUCAUGUCUUAAAUGUGGUAUUGUCUUAUUUAAGCUUUGUAUCGAUAUGUAUAUAUAAAUGAUCUUAUAUGUUUUGUAUAUAGUUCUCUAUUUUUUUUAUUUAUACAGUUAUUUAUAUCUGGAGUAUUUAUGGAUUUGACACAUGCGAACUAAUUAAAAUGCUCAUCACAACA